AUGCUCGAUGAAGGUUCUUAUCUUCCUGUAUGCCCCCCUGUUUCUUGGAUUGGUGCGUAUACUGAAGCUGAUCAGUCUCCUGCAGACUCUUCCGUACCAAUACCCCUCUCCGACCUGGAUGGAUACGAGUGGUCUGUCAUACGAAGAGAACUAUCAAAUACCUCUGGAAUAUUGUCAGGGGAUGCCGCAACAGGCGUAUCAGACACUAUAAGAUGGGAUUGUCUCGACCACUACUGGCAAUACUUCCAUCCUCACUUCCCGAUCGUUCACCGCCCGAGCUUUCUACCCACGAAGCCGAGCCCACUGCUUGCAAGUGCGAUGGCAGCCAUCGGAUCGCAAUAUGACAGUCGUCCGGAUGCAAAGCAAUACUCUUUGACACUCUUGGAGGUUGCGACGAAACUUCUGCGACGACGAGAUAGCAUCACCAGCCGAUCCAGAUUGGCUGAUCUGCAGACUGUUUUUCUGCUCGAAAUCCUAGCCAAGUUCUGUUCCAGACGAGCCGAAGUCGAAAUGUCGGCACGAUUUCGUUCACUGUUUGCCAGUCUAGACCAGGCGCGUCGAACGUUGGCAACCGAUCCUUUGGCGGUAUUCCGAACUCUGCGCAAAGAGAGGACACCAGAAGAUGUUGCAAGAGCACACAAGUUCUGGCUUGAUCAUGAAACGCGGAGACGCAUCCUACAAGCAUCUCAUGUGCUGGAUCACCAGCAAGUGACUUUUUUUGCACAGGCGCCCACCAUUGUCCAGCACGAGCGGCCAAGGCGAGGUGGUGCUCCCAGUCUACGAUGUUCCAUUCCCCUGCCUUGUUCAGAAGAGCUUUGGGAAACAAGUCCAGUAGAGGCAUGGUCUGAAAAGGCGUCGAACACGCAGGCGCCAAAAUUACGAAGUCCUCAGCAGCAGCAGACACCCAAAACACCCACGGACUACUUUCAGGCCCAGGUCAGCUUGGUUUCCAAUCCGGAUCUGCCAAUUGAUCAGGUACUGCCACAAGAACUUCAGGCGGGAAAGACUGGUGCGUGUCUGAGCUUCAACUGCCAUGUCAUGGAAAUGGCUCGAAACACACCGGUCAGGCAAUUGCUCGUUGUGAGUGGCGAGUCUUGGGUCCUGGGAAAGAAGCUCGAAAAUGAAGCCGAAUUCCAGGAGGCGAAACGCACCCUGAGGGCCUGGGUGGAUGCGAACCACGAAAGCAGGACCGCAGUCUGGCACGCUACGCAAGUGCUUCGGAGUCGAAUCAAUUCCACCUUGUCGGACUAUACGAACACUGAACUGUCCAUUUCUUUUCACGACACGCAUAUGCUCCAUGAGCCCUGGGCAUUGUACCUCGCCGCCCUUGUUUGUUGGGCUUACGGCUUUUCUGCGUCGACGAUGGCUGAGAACAGCGGACAAGGCUCCGGUGCCGCCUCGGUCAUCAGCGAGCCUCAAUCAAUCCUAUCGCGAGCUUCGAGCAUGUCUUCGGCGCAUCCGGCAUUGCUUGAUGCUCAUGAGGCGGCGUAUUCGACGCGGGAAUAUUUGGCCGCCACAAAUGUUGGAACAGCGGAGAAUAUAUCACGCAUUGAUUUCCAGGUGUUGGGACGCACACAUGGCCUUCUCGAGGUCAUCCGCCUGUACAAAAUUGGGGCCUUGCUCGGCGGGCUCAUGAACGAGGCGGAGCGAGUCUUGUAUCGGCUUGUGGAAGGAAGAAGCCGGUUGUCGCAUUUUUGA